AUGGUCACCUCCUCGGCCUCGCCCACUGGGACCAGCUGGUCCACACCAGCAACCGCUGCUGCCGCCGCCGCAUCGGCGGCCACAGUUAUGUGCGAGGUGCUGCCCUCGAGCAGCGCCAGCGUUGGCAGCAGUUCGCCCACAGGUGGCGCCAGCAACGGCACUGCCAACAGCACGCACAGCGGCAGCAACAACAACAGCAAUAGCAACAACAACAACAACAACAAUAACAACAACGCAGUGCAUCAGGAUCUGCUUUGGAUGGAGCGCUUCGUGCUCGAGCGGCAACAGGAGUAUCCAGGCGAGCUGGUGCGUACCAGCAAUCCUUAUUUCCUCUGCUCGGCGCUGCCGACGCACUGGCGUUCGAACAAGACGCUGCCGCUGGCGUUCAAGGUGGUGGCGCUGGCCGAUGUGGGCGAUGGCACCUAUGUGACCAUACGGGCUGGCAACGAUGAGAACUGCUGUGCGGAGCUGCGCAACUAUACGGCGCAGAUGAAGAACGGCGUGGCGAAGUUCAAUGAUUUGCGCUUUGUCGGACGCAGCGGACGAGGAAAGAGUUUUACGCUGACCAUAACUGUUGCAACGAGCCCGCCACAGGUGGCCACCUAUGCCAAAGCCAUCAAAGUGACCGUCGACGGGCCGCGGGAGCCGCGCUCCAAGACAAGCCCACCCGGUGGACCACAGUACCGUGCACUUGGCCUCGGCCAGCGACCGUUCAUCGAUGGAUUUACCAAAUCGUUUCACGAGCUGGAAACGCUGCGUCGAUCGGCCAAAGUGGCGGCGGCCACAACGGCAGCCGCUGUGGCUGCCACAGCAGUACCAACGGGCAGCGGCGUUGGCGGUGGCGGCGGCGUCGGCGGCUCGCCUAUCACAAGCGCAAGCAUCGCUCAGCAUUUGGGCAGCAAUUACUCAUCGUCGAAUAGUACAAUAAAUUCGGAUUUCCAGGGCUACAAGCCCAACGUGCCACAGCUACAAGAAUCCGAUCUGAUUGGCGCCUCCGAAUGGACGGGCACAAGCAACUCCGGUGCGUACAGCGUAGGCGUGCCUUACACACAGCACUCGCACUCGCACUCCCACGCCCAUUCGCACUCACACUUGCAUUCGCAUUCGCAUACACACACACAUGCGUUGCAGCAUCAAAUGGCGCUGCCACCGCCGCCACCGCCACCCGCAGCAGCGCCCGUGCCUGUGCCCGUGGGCAAUGCGUCGGCCAUGAAUCAUUAUGUGAGCGCCGCCAUGGCUGGCUAUGACUCUACCACGCUGGAGGCCAGCAACUAUCAUCUGUCCACGGUGCUGCCCGACAUGCAUGGCUUCUCCGCCGAUCCGUAUCAGACAGCAGCGGCCAGCGGCUACGGCAGCGCUGGCUCCAAGUCCGAACUGGAGACACUUAACGCCGGCUACGGCGCCACGCCAUCUGCCUAUAACAAUGCCUGGUCCAAUGGCUACAACAACUAUCAGUAUGGCAGCUGCUCGGCGACGGCGGCGCAAUACGGCGGAGUUGCUGGACAUGGUGCUGCCGGGCCGCCGCCGCCGCCUGUGGUCGUCUAUCCGCAGCUGUACUCCACAGUCAAUCAGAAUCAAAUCCACCUGCAUCUGCACAGCAGCGAAAAGCUGGAGCAGUACCUAGCCAAUGACCAGCAGCUGACGCUAAGCUCCCUCACCGGCAAUCGAUCCAGCAUUGAGAUUGUAGGCGCCACUGGCGUCACUUUGGGCGAGCAGGAGCAGCAUGCAGCUGUGGCUGUAGCCGAGCAGGCGGCCGAGGGUGCCUAUCAUCUGCAUCAUCAUCAUCAUCAACAGCAGCAGCAGCAGCAGCAGCAGCAGCAACAGCACGAGGCGCAGCGACAAUUGGAGGCGCAACAACAGCAGCAGCAGCAACAUCAGAGCGAUGUAAGCAGCGAAGUGUGGCGCCCCUAUUGACACAAUAUCAUAGCCGCCACUGCUCCACAUGUCGCCACCCGCACCUUGUUGCAUAUAGAACUGAACUAAUUUACUGUAAAUUU